AUGGCGAACGCUCUCAACACCCUCUACAAGUGGGCCGUCCCCGCCGCCAUCGGCUGGGCCGGUGUCCAAGCUUCCAUAUACGAUGUGAAGGGCGGCACCAGAGCUGUCAUCUUCGACAGGUUAUCCGGUGUCAGAGAAACCGUCAUCAACGAGGGCACUCACUUCCUCGUCCCGUGGUUGCAGAAGAGCAUCAUCUACGAUGUGCGCACCAAGCCGAGAAACAUCUCCACCACCACCGGUAGCAAGGACCUGCAGAUGGUGAGCUUGACGCUCAGAGUCCUGCACAGGCCCGAGGUCAAGAUGCUGCCUAAGAUCUACCAGAACCUUGGCCAAGACUACGACGAGCGUGUCCUUCCCUCCAUUGGUAACGAAGUGCUCAAGGCCAUUGUCGCUCAGUUCGACGCCGCCGAGCUCAUCACUCAGCGUGAAGCCGUCUCUAACCGCAUCCGGUCCGAGCUGCUCAAGCGCGCGCAGGAGUUUAACAUCGCCCUCGAGGAUGUUUCGAUUACGCACAUGACCUUCGGUAAGGAGUUCACGCGCGCCGUUGAGGAGAAGCAGAUCGCGCAACAGGAGGCUGAGCGUGCCCGUUUCAUCGUCGAGAAGGCCGAGCAGGAGCGUCAAGCCAACGUUAUCCGCGCGGAAGGUGAAGCCGAAGCCGCCGACACUAUCAGCAAGGCUGUCGCCAAGUCUGGUGACGGUCUCAUCCAGAUCAGACGUAUCGAGACGCAGAGGGAGAUUGCCCAGAUGCUGGCCAACAACCCGCAGGUCACCUACCUGCCGGGCGGCAGCAAGGGCGAGGGCGGAUCUGGCAGCGGCAACUUCCUUUUGGGUCUCAGGUCAUGAUGCGGCGGUAAAAAGAAGUAAUAUGGAAAUACCACACAAUGUCAAUGUGGUGUGAGUUGGGCGUAUGAAACUUAGCGGAUAUCUUCACUGUAAGCCUAGAGAAUGCAUUCUCCACUUUCGACGGCAUCAAACUCCCAGGUUUGAUUUCCCAGUGAAAUCGUGACAACUUUGUUGCCAUUGAUUUGCAUGAUUUGGAGUCAUGCUUUGAUUGGCAAUAAACGGACAGCUUCGCACCGAUCACCGCUAGCUAAGAGCCGCAUAACGGUCUUCCCCGGAUCUUCGUAGAUCUAUUCUAAAAUAGGAAAUCCGCACGACUGACG